AACGGAGAAAAUGUGCAAAAAAACUCAGUGAAAUCUACAACGCGAAGCAUCUGUAACAUUUAAGUGGACCGCUUUGAAAAUCAUAUUCAAGAUGAAAGCUGUAAUAUUGCUGAUAGCCACAUUGGCUUUUGCAGGCUGUACACCAUUGCUAGUUCGUGACGAAAAUGGACAAAUUUAUACUUUAACUUCAGUUUCAAGCCGUCAAAAAAGAGAAGAUGGAAAAUGGUUUGGAGGUGGAGGUGCUAACAGUCAAACACAAAGAGGAACUGUAGGAGUAGAUUAUCCAAAUGGAUCUGGUGCUAAAGUAUCGUAUGCUCAUGCUAACGGCUAUGGCCAUGAUGUCAGUGUGGAUGCCAUGGUGCCAGUGUGGUCCAAGAAAAGCCAGUAUGGAGAGUCGACCUUAAACCUUGGUGGUGGAAUCGAUCGCCAUUUUGGAGGAUUUGAGGGCUCUCAUACCACUGAUAAACGUGUUGGACUCAAUUUCGUUCACAGAUUUUAAAUUCCAUACAGUGGGGACUGAUAUAUCAUUAAUCAACAUGGUUUGGCUGAGUUGUUAUAUUGUAUAAUAAUA